CCCCCUGAAAAUUGGAUACUUUUUGGAACCCUAGCUUCUCCUUCUGCGAUUCGCGAUAAUGAAGCUCGUCAGGUUUUUGAUGAAGUUGAACAACGAAACAGUCUCGAUCGAGCUCAAGAAUGGGACGGUUGUACAUGGAACCAUCACAGGUGUUGAUAUUAGCAUGAACACACACUUGAAGACGGUGAAGUUGACACUGAAGGGGAAAAACCCCGUAACCCUAGAUCAUUUGAGCGUGAGAGGCAACAACAUUCGUUACUAUAUACUUCCCGACAGCUUGAAUCUGGAGACCUUGCUAGUUGAAGAAACACCUCGAGUCAAGCCCAAGAAGCCAACUGCAGGGAGGCCUGUGGGACGUGGACGGGGAAGAGGGCGAGGUCGUGGACGUGGGCGUGGUCGUUAAUCGAAGUUAUUGUCAUUUUGUUAUAUGUUAGUAUGUGGAAAUAGUGACAGUUUCUUGGUGAACCAAUUUGGCUAAUCUCUAGUGCUUAGUUCAAAUGAGUUUGGAUUUUUAUUGCAUGAAAUACUCUUUACAUUAAAAUGGUAUCUAUAUUUUCUUG